UGAGCUGCCAAACACUGCCUGUCAGGAGAGAUGAGUCAAAAGUCUGUAUGCGGACUGCCAUCUCACACUAUACAAACAAUUUCUCUCAUCCAGGUCCAAGUGUAUUCACGGUUUUCAUGAAAUCUAAAAUGCUAAAGCAUCUGAAAUCCUGUUAAAACAUUAGCCGUAAUGGAAAAAAAUGGAACAGAAAAGGACAAAUCCAGAGAGGAUUAAGGGAAUCAAAGAAUCAGAGAGAGAGGAAAACAGAGAGAGAGAGUCGUAUCAGGUGUAAUUGCAGAGAGAGAGAAAGAGAGAGUUGUGAGGCGGUGCUCUGAAGAGGGAAGGAUGGGAAGAGAUUAGUACUGCACUCUGUGGGCUCAUCUGUGAAAGGAUGCUCGGCAAACAACAAGCACACUCCACAUCAGGAGAACUCAAACAAAAUCCAAGUGCAACUUCAGGAAUAUAUAAACCUAUCUUGAAAACGAGAUGGAUGUUUUCUGACCUGACGGGCUUGAACAACUUUUGAGUGAAGUGAGACUUAAGAAGUGAUAUUCUGGCGACAAUUUCUGAUCAUCCUUUUCUCUGAUACUGGCCAGGAUAAAUCAGAUGCCCAUCUGUGUAUUGUAAGACAUGACAGAUGUAAAACAACUUCAUUGGAUUUAAGUGUAUCCGUGGUUCUCCAGCCGUGCCGCUGCUGUAAUCGACCUUUUCGCUAUCAAAAGAAUGACCUCAGCAUCUUACGUGGUUUUGAUCUCACUCUUGGUUCGUUUCUCUGGGUCCAGUUGUCCUCAGGGAUGCCUGUGCACAGCUGACAUCCUGAACUGUGGCUCGGUGGGUCUGGAUAGAUUUCCGACUCCUCUACCAUUCACAACGUCUGUCUUGGACCUCAGUCAUAACAGAAUGACAUGGCUAGCAGCAGGCACAUUUUACGGGCUCCCACGGCUGCACACUUUAUAUAUGUCCCAUAACCGCAUAUCUAUGCUCAGUCCAGGGGUUUUCCAUAACAUCAGCAGUCUUUGGUACCUGGAUCUCUCCUCUAACAAACUGCAGGUGGUGGGAAAGCACCACUUCCAGGACCUGAUGUCGUUGGAGGUGUUGUUGCUGUAUAACAACCGCAUUAGCCGUGUGGAGAGCAACACAUUUAUGGGUCUCAGCAAUUUGAGGAAGGUUUAUCUCAGCUUCAACCAGCUGACCGACUUUCCCUUUUUCACCGUGCGCAAACACAUCCACCCCAACCUAGUUACCCUGGAUCUGUCCUCCAACCGCUUGUUUCGUUUGCCCAUGGAUGACAUUGUGUUGUUGCCCGCAGCCGUCCAAAGAGGCUUGUUCUUGCACAACAACAGCCUCGAAUGUGAUUGUUCCGUGUAUCGCUUGUUUUGGAAUUGGGAGCAAAAAGGAUAUGGGGCGGUUGAAGACUAUAAGGAGGACUAUAAGUGUUUAAUGUACGGCGAUCCUCCCGUUUCCAUCACAUUCCUUCGCAGCUCUUAUUUCUUUGAGAACUGUACGGUGGGAAAGUUGAUAUCUCUUAUUUCUCCAAAGGCUGAUAAAGUUGUGUACAAGGGAGAACAAGUGAAACUGGACUGUACUGGAACUCUGAAUGGAGAAGAGCUGUCCUACAGUUGGACCAUCCCUCACCAAGAGUCGAUCAGUUGGCUGGUCCAAAAUGGAAGCCUCCAUCUCAAUCAAGAUGGAAGCCUGGAUAUACUCGCAGCCCAGCCCACAGAUUCAGGAAUUUACCAAUGUACCGCUGUGGAUAACAGCAAGAUGAUCAAUGAAACAAGAGAGGUGAAUUUAACCGUGCUAGCCCAGCGCUCCAUCGACGAGCCGUUCAACACCGGCUACACCACUUUGUUGGGCUGCAUCGUGAGCCUUGUGCUAAUACUGAUAUACUUGUAUUUAACGCCAUGUCGAUGUGAUUGCUGCAGACCCCCUCCUCCCUCACCAGAAGCCCCCUCAUUCAGGGAAGACCCUCUCGCGUCCAUCUUUACAUCUCCCCCAAAUGCAGAACGGCACAAGGCAAAGUCUCAGCUGGACAGGCACGUAGUGUUCCUUGAGCCAAUCUUGGCAGGGAAAAAUGGCCAACCAAAACCUGCGUUUCUUGACGAACAUCCCACAAUUGAAUGGGACCCGGAGAACUACACCAUUGUUAGAGACAGAAAUGAGUCUUAGUAGCAGAUGAUUGACUUUAAAAUCAACUUCUUCCAGGAUUCUCAUAAGCUUGUUGGAUUCGAAGGGCAGCUUCUUAAAUUAAUCUGUCAUAAUUCCAAAAAUAAAUUAUAUUGAUCCUAGUA